CUCUACCCGGGUAUAGUCGGUCGAGUACCCGCAGGAAGUGCUCGAGAUGAUCUAGCACAGCAACGUGGUCGAGGGCCAGAAAUGGGAAUAUCCGAGGAUAUUCUACCGAUUUUGAUGCAAUUACUGCAACAAAUGGGACCAAUAAAUCCCUCGGCUACGGUAGCGCCGACACCAGCAACGACAGCAGCGAUGGAUGAAGCAUUAUUACGACAAGAGAAACUAAGACAAUUACAGCAAGCUGCCGCUGGGUUAGUUAUUUUAUAG